UCUAUAUCUAUGUAGGGGUGUAAGUGUCAUUAUCCUGUGUGCUACUGCAAUUUUAAAUUUAUGGUGAUGCUUAUGAUCAUCAAUAUUGGAUCCGUUUUGAUUCGUUAUUUUUAAUAUUUUCUCUAUUAAUACUACUUUAUAAGUAAAAAUUAACACUAAACAAGCAAAACAAAAACAAAAAAAUUGAUGAUAGAUAAACGUAAUCAUCAUAAGCACAAUUGUAUAAUGACUUACUCAAAUGGUUGUAUCUAACUGGCGUGUCUGUAUUCUUAUAGGUAUAUAUAUAUAAAUUCAUAUAUAUGCAUAUGGCAUAUAAUGCUUCUGUGCAUGAGUACUUGAAAGGAUACGAUUUAUAUUUACUGACUUAUACUACUUAUUUCAAUUACUAUAUUGUCCAUUACAAAUACUACUAUUCUUAUUCUUAUUAUUAUAAAUGACGGACUAACACUAUAGAGAAAUCCGGUAUAGUAACCAUUUUCCAUUUUACCUAACGUAAUCUCUCUCUUUCUCUCUCGAUAUAUAUACAUAUAUGCAUAUACAUAUGAUUGAUUUUGUGUAAUCCAUUCAUUCAUUCAUUCAUUGGAAAUCCUUAUUUAGUGCUUCAAAUUAAUAAAUACUACUCACAAGUAUUUAAGUAUCCAUGUAUAAUGUCAUAAUCAUCUAGUAAAACAAUUGAAUGGAUAAUUCAAGAAAUCUUUUAUGUGAAUUAUUCUAUAAACAUUUAAAUGAUCCAAAUAAACAUUCAUUAUGUAAUAAAUUUAUGAUUGAUGAAUUAAUUACAACAGGAAAAUUAUUAACACAAUUACAUACAGAAUAUAAUCAAAUACAACAAGUGACAAUGUUCAAUUAUUUGUAUCAAUCACUAUUAUCAAUCAAUUUUAUGGAUUUCAAUGAUCAUCAAAUGAAUUCAGAUCUAUUAAAUAAAUUUUUCAAUGAUUUACAAAUGAUUCAAUCAUCAUUUCAUUGUUACAAUGAUAAAUCAUGUAUUCAAUUAUUAUUAUUAUAUUAUAUUCAUAUCAUUCAAUUAUAUCAAGAUCAUAUAAAUAAUAAUAAUAAUAAUAAUAUACAUAAACAUAAUGAUGAUCAUUAUAAUUUAGAACAAGCUGAAGAUUUACGUGUUAUUGUGAACAAAAAUCAUGAUAUAUCAUCAAUUGAUUUAUUAGGAUUAUCAUUAUCUUUGCCAUCGUCAUCAUCAUCAUCAUCAUCAUCAUCAUCAUCGUCGACGUCGACGUCGUCGUUGUCAUCGUCAUCUUCACCGCUAUCAUCAUUGCCAAUAAUAUCUUCUUCAAAACUGGAUAAUGAUGGUGAUGAUAAUCAUGAUAAUAAUAAUUCAAUUCAUUUCACAUCAAUACCAUCAUUCAUAUCAUCUGAUAAUUAUACAAUGAAUUAUUCUAUUCAACAACAACAACAACAACCGCAACAACAACAACAACAGCAACUACAGCAACAAUUGAGAAAUACUCCAUUCACUUCAAUUCCUAUUCCUAUAAUGAAUGAAUUAUCAUCAUAUAUGACAAAUUCACAACAUACAUUCAUAAAUGGUAAUAAUAAUAAUAAUAUACAUCUAUUAUGUAAUAAUCAAGAUGUUCAUUAUUCAAUGAAUAAUCAAUUGAAUAAUAGUAAUGAAUUCAAUGAAAAUCGAAUUGAGAAAUUGAAUUGUUCAAAUAUUCAACAAUUAAAAAGUUAUACAAAAAAAUCUUUGAUUAAUAUGAUGCGAAAUAAAAUUGGAUCCAAUAAAUGUAUUCGAUCAUCUAGACGAUCAUCUACAGAUUAUAAAUCCCCGUCGGUACCAGAUCAAUAUCAAACAAAUCUGAGCCAAGAUAAUAAUAACAACUCAGAUAUGCUUAUGUCUCCAGAUUCUCCUCCCACGAGUUCCUCAUUAUUGUCGUCAUGUUUCUCCUUCUCACCAUCAUUAUCAUCAUCCUCAGCUUCUUCAUCAUCAUCAUCAUCAUCAUCGUCUACAAAUUCAUCUCCUAAAAGCUAUUUACCAAUACAUGAUAAGUUACUCAAUCUAAAAUCUCGUUCCUUCUCUUUGAAACGAUCUCCUUUUAAAUUAUCACAAUUUUUAUAUUAUCUACUUAAUAAAUCAGAAUAUAAUCCACAUUUGAUUUGUUGGGUAGAUAAAUCACAAAAUAUGUUUAAAUUAGUGAAUAGUGCAGCAGUUGCACAUUUAUGGGGUUUACAUAAGCAUAAACCAAAUAUGAAUUAUGAAACAAUGGGUAGAGCUCUUAGGUAUUAUUAUGCACAGAAUAUUUUACGAAAAGUCAAAGGACAACGUUUAGUUUAUCAGUUCUUAGAGGAUUUUCAUAAAACUAAAUAUCCUAUUACUACUACUACUACAAUAUCUUUUACAUCAUCAUUCAUGACAACCACAAUUACAACAACAACUACAUCAAUAACAAAAACUAUACCAACACCUAUAACAAUCACAAACAGAACCAUAGUAACAGAAUUUCCAGAGAACAAUUCAAAACCCAAUAUAAUUACACUUCAUUAAUGUUCUAUAUUCCGGUUUUAUAACUUUAUCAUAUGUAUUUCCAAAAAAAGAAAAUUGUUUCUAAUCAAAACUUUAGGCAUUUUAUUUAAUAACUACUACUGCUACUACUACUACUACUAAUCAUC